UUAAUUAACUCCCAGAAUUGUUGGCGUCUGGAGGCUAUUAUUCUCCACAUUCUAUUUUAAUAAAAAUAUUGAAAAAGAAAGUAAUUAAACAAAUUAUGACAAAUUAGAAAAAGUUGUUUUCUUUUUCCAGUUGCUUAUCCUCUCCAAUGCCACUGCAAAUCUUCCUUUGACAUUUGUUUUUUUCUUAACAAUAGGAGAAUUUGGUCAAAGGUUUCAUUCUUCAUUCGAAUGAUCUCAUUUUUUUAAUUCAGAACCCAAAAUAUUUAGAAGGCAAUGGUUCGUUCGUCAUUCGCAUGAAAAACCUAAGAUGUUUAGAAUAUUAAGGAGCUAACAAUUGGGAGUAUCCAAAUAAGAAGAGUGAUUAAUGAUUAAUGAUUAGGUCUUCAAUUUGGAAGCUGGAGAUGUCUACCCAGUACGAAAAAUCGGAUCCCACGCCUCCUACUGGAUCAAGGUCUUGUUUGUACGAUCUAUUAUGUUCAGACACACCACGGUGGGAUCGACCUAGUGAUGCAGACACUACAUCUUGGCUUCUCAGAAAAGAAACAUGGAGAUCCUUUGGUCCACAAGCCAGGCUGGAGAGAAUGUUGGAAGACACUGGGAAUCGUGUUUGUGCAGAUUGCGGAUCCCCGGAUCCUAAAUGGGUAUCUUUAAGUAUUGGAGUUUUCAUUUGUAUCAAAUGCUCUGGUGUUCAUAGAAGCCUUGGAUCGCAUAUAUCAAAGGUUUUAUCAGUGAAGCUAGAUGAAUGGACGGAAGACCAAGUUGAUGGUCUAGUAAAUUUGGGAGGCAAUAUUGUUGUAAACAAUAAGUAUGAAGCUUUCCUUCCUAAUAACCUCAAAAAACCCAGACCAGAUUCAUCCAUUGAAGAACGCUCUGAUUUCAUCAAGAGAAAAUAUGAGAUGCAGCAAUUUUUGGAAGGCGAACAGACGAGCUGCCGCCUUCAGCCGCAUCAUCGAACUCCAUCGUCUACGUUACCACUUCCUCCCGGCUACCCACUUCUUAAUGAGAAAAAACACAGUGAGAAACAAAGCAGACAUCGAAUCGGGAACAGAUUUAGAAACAGCUGGGGAAGAAAAGAUAGUGAUCAUCUGAAGAUCAGUAAGAAGAGCAACUCAUUGGCAGGUAUGGUUGAAUUUGUUGGGCUGAUUAAAGUGAAUGUGGUGAAAGGCACCAAUCUAGCCGUCCGGGAUAUGCUCUCUAGCGAUCCCUACGUUAUUCUUGCCUUGGGUCAUCAAUCGGUCAAGACUCGCGUCAUAAAGAACAACCUAAACCCUGUCUGGAAUGAAAGCUUAAUGUUGUCGAUUCCAGAAAACAUUCCUCCUUUGAGAGUGAUCGUGUACGAUAAAGAUACAUUCACGACCGAUGACUUUAUGGGGGAUGCGGAGAUCGACAUUCAACCACUAGUCGCAGCAGCAAAAGCCUAUGAGAAGUCGAAGAUUCAAGAAUCGAUGCAGCUGGGGAAAUGCGUGGCGAACAGGGACAACAACUUCCUAAAAGAUGGUAUCAUAAACUUAGCAGAUGGGAAAGUUAAACAGGAAAUCUCAUUUAGGCUACAAAAUGUGGAGAGAGGGACAUUAGAGAUUGAACUCGAAUGCGUUCCGCUUACUCAAUAGCGGUCGGAAAUAUUUUGAGAUGGUAAAUUAGGAAAAAACCCAUUUGAAAAUUUGAAGUGAUGUACAUGAACAAUUUGGUAUCUAAUUGAUGGAUUCAUGUAAAAACCAGAUCCAGAAAGUUGGCUUCAACUCUGUAAUAGUAUUUCCAUAUUAAUCUGCGAAAUAACAUUUGUUAUGUAAAAAAAAAUAAAAGAA